AUGCCAAAAUUCGGUGGUCGAGAAGCCUUUGUUCGUGCUGCCCGGAAACGGGAGCAGAAAAGUUUCCAGAUGGCGUACCCCAGUUUCGAUCUCUCUGGAGUCGUUUACGAUGAUAAUAUCCAUCCAGGAAUCUUUGACGAUACAUCAAGGUUUAUCCGAGGUCUCAAACAGCAAGGCUUUUUUCUUCAACUAGUCGAUGAUCUAGACGCAAAUUAUGACAGCGAUGAUGGUUCUGACAGUGACGACGAGAUAACACAUCGCGAGAUGCAUCGCCGAAGAGGCCGUGGGGAGAGCCGACGCCAGCAGAACUACCACGUCCAUUACCACACUCACGGAGCAGACAACAAUAACGCGAUUUCGCCUCCUCUGCCACUAUGCCAGCAAUCUGGUUAUACAGAUGCCCCAGCGAUGCUUCUAGGCUUGUCCCUUCCGCGACGAAACGGUGGUUUAGCUCUGGAAGCACCCACGCCGGUGCCCAAUGCGUCCAAUCUUAACUGGCCUUCUCCGCAUCAAAGCAGCCAUAUAAUCCCAAGGAGGAUAUUUCCCGCCGGUUUCAACUAUCAGAGGAUGGUGGAUGGGAGAAUUUGA